AUGAUUGGCACUUACAUCAGUUGGACAUUAAAAAUGCAUUUUUGCAUGGUGACCUUAAGGAAGAAGUCUAUAUUGAGCAACCUCCGGGAUUUGUUGCUCAGGGGGAGUGUGGUAAAGUUUGUCGACUUCGCAAAUCUCUUUAUGGUCUGAAACAGAGUCCUCGUGCAUGGUUUGGUAAAUUCAGUCAAUCAAUUGAACAAUUUGGAAUGAUAAAAGGCAAAUCAGAUCACUCUGUCUUUUACAAACAAACAGAAUCAGGUGUCACAUUGCUUGUGGUGUAUGUUGAUGAUAUUGUGAUUACAGGGAGUGAUAAUGCAGGUAUUUUGGCCCUUAAGAAUUUUCUGCAUAGUCAAUUCCAGACGAAAGAUCUUGGCUCUUUGAAAUACUUUCUGGGAAUUGAGGUAACACGAAGUAAGAAAGGCAUAUUUCUAUCUCAACGUAAAUAUGUACUUGACUUACUAGCUGAGACAGGGAAAUUAGGGGCAAAACCAAGUACAACAGCCAUGGUUCCCAACGUGCAACUCACUCAAGAAGGCACACCGUUUGAAGACCCAGAAAGAUAUAGAAGACUGGUUGGAAAGCUUAAUUAUCUCGCAGUCACUCGUCCAGAUAUUGCUUAUUCUGUGAGUGUAGUGAGUCAAUACAUGUCAUCUCCAACCAUUGAUCAUUGGGCUGCAGUAGAACACAUAUUAUGUUACUUAAAGGGUGCACCAGGACGAGGUAUUGUUUAUCAAAAUCAUGAUCACAUGAGAAUAGAAUGCUUUGCAGAUGCUGAUUGGGCCGGUUCUAAAGAUGAUCGAAGAUCUACAUCUGGUUAUUGUGUCUUUGUUGGUGGUAAUCUUGUAUCUUGGAAGAGUAAGAAGCAGAAUGUGGUUUCUCGUUCGAGUGCCGAAUCAGAAUAUCGAGCUAUGGCACAAUCUGCAUGUGAGAUCAUAUGGAUAAGCCAUCUAUUGACCGAGCUCGGACUGAAGACAUCAAUACCUGCUAAAUUGUGGUGUGAUAACCAAGCUGCUAUACACAUAGCAAACAAUCCUGUAUUUCAUGAGAGAACAAAGCAUAUUGAGGUCGAUUGUCAUUUUAUUCGAGAGAAGAUACAAAAAGGAUUGAUCUCUACAGGAUAUGUGAAGACUGGAGAACAACUUGGAGAUUUGUUCACUAAAGCACUAAAUGGAAUUCGAGUUGGUUAUUUAUGUAACAAGUUGGGCAUGAUAAAUAUCUAUGCUCCAACUUGAGGGGGAGUGUGAAAGUAUAUUAGAAUAUACUUUAGAAUAUGCUUUAGAAUAUAUUAGGAAUAUACCAUAUAUAGUAUUAUUGAAUAGCAUCUUUUAUAGGAAUAUUCUAUCUUUGUAAUCUAUAUUUAUAGGGCUUUACCUUUCAAUGAAAAAUACAGAAAAUUCUUCUCUCCAUCUUUAAUAUCAUUCUAGUUUAUAUUUCAACAUAGGAUAUACUCCGUACUUGUUGACCUUUCUAUUUCCCUCAUUCGUUGUACCUGUUCGUCGUUCAACUUCUUCGUCCGCUCUCCGCUGCUCCACCUCGCCAGUCGCCGACCUUGACUCCGGACUCUGCGUCGCUUCCUCGCGCCCUCGCAGUGGGCGCCGUCUCCACUCGCCAUCCCUGCCCGGCUGCCCUGUGUGACUGCGUCACGAACUUCUAAGUCCGAACUUAGAAGGGCGAAGGCCGCAGCGGUGUCCAGUUACAUAAUUUGGUCGAGCAUCAUAAACGGCGUGAGAACAUUGAAGAAGAAGCGUGACAAAUAUGAUCCAUAUCUGUCACUUCCUACUCUGACGGUCUAGAAGCGCAUUAUAAUAGUUCCAAAAGGUUGAAUCGCCAACCCCAAGCGCCCCCCACGCCCCGACCCGACAGAGCACAUGAGAGGAUGUAAGUCACGGUGACUCAGUCAGCAGAGUGGCAGUAGGCCUUUACCCCGUGCGCACCAGAGGCCCAGCCUUAUUUCAGGUUCUGUGACCUCCACCCGGUCGCUGCGGGGAUUCGAACCUUGGUUAUAGUUCCAAUUUUCCCACCACUCGACCA